UUUUUCUAAAGAUGAAUUAUCCUUUGCCUGUCUAGAGAGGCGUUCUGUGGUAGGGAACUGACGCUGGAAGUCGGAGUGAAAGGCAGAAGUUGGUUUCCAGGAACUGCCCCUUGACACAACCUGGGAACGGGGGGACGUGGUGGAUCUGGGGGCGUUCUGAGCCCGCACACAGCAAGCAGACAUGUCUUUGGAUGACAUUAAAAUGAAGUCCAGUGACUUCCUGGAGAAGGCGGAUCUGGACAGCGGCGGCUUCGGGGAGGUGUCUCUGUGCUUCCACAGACUCCAUGGCUUAGUGAUCCUGAAGAAGGUGUACACAGGGCCCAAGCGUGCCGAGUACAACGAGUCUCUGCUCGAGGAGGGGAGGAUGAUGCACAGGCUGAAGCACAGCCGGGUGGUGGAGCUCCUGGGCGUCGUCAUGGAAGAGGGGAACUACUGCCUGGUGAUGGAGUACAUGGAGAAGGGCAGCCUGAUGCACGUGCUCAAAGCCGAGAUCAGUAUCCCGCUUUCUGUAAAAGGAAGGAUCAUUGCAGAGACCAUCGAAGGGAUGUGCUACCUGCACGGAGAAGGUGUGAUUCACAAGGACCUGAAGCCCGAGAACAUCCUCGUCGAUAACGACUUCCACAUUAAGAUCGCCGACCUUGGCGUUGCUUCCUUUAAGACGUGGAGCAAACUGACUAAAGAGGAACACAACGAGCAGAGGAAAGUGAACAGCACCCGCAAGAAAACUGGCGGCACCCUGUGCUACAUGGCCCCCGAGCACCUGAAUGACGUCAACGCGAAGCCCACAGAGAAGUCGGACGUGUACAGCUUUGCCAUCGUACUCUGGGCAGUCCUUGCCAAUAAGGAGCCGUACGAAAAUGCCAUCUGUGAGCAGCAGCUGAUUCUCUGCAUAAAGUCCGGCAACCGGCCCGACGUGGACGACGUCGCCGAGGACUGCCCCGGGGAGCUCAUCCGCCUCAUGGAGCUCUGCUGGGAGGCGGACCCGAGAGCGCGGCCCACGUUCCCUGAUAUUGAAGAAAGAUUUAGACCUUUUUAUUCAAGUCAUUACGAGGAAUUCGUAGAAGAGGAUGUGAAGAGUUUAAAGAAGCGGUAUCCGGAGCAGAGUGCAGUCGUGAAGAGAAUGCAGUCUCUCACGCUGGACUGUGUGCCAGUGCCUCCGAGCAGGUCGAAUUCAG